AAACGACUUAGUCGGCUCGCGGUGCUUUCCUCCAGGCGAGCGCAUCUGUUGGACCUACACCUUCGCUGCUGAGUCCUCAGAUCUCCCUUUUGGCGACAAAUCUCUUAGCCUCGGCCAUCGCAUCUUCGCCUGAGCCUCGAGAUGAGGAGUGGCGUUCGCCUACCCCUACUACCCUCCGACUGCUCCUAUUUGAUCGCAUUUCGCCCCAUCUCCCUCGUUGUGGCCGUGCUGCUCUUUCUCUCGAGGCCGCUGCGGCCAUCAGCAUCGAGUGCAUAUGACCGCUUCCACGACGAGGCGGACGCCAAGACUUUCUACGAGCAGCACAUUGACGACAAGAUCGUCCCUGGCGACCUCGAGAGCGUCAUCAAGCGGGGCUGGUUUGACCUCGGGGCGCAGCUGAUCCUCAAGUCGCACGAGCAGGGGCUGGACAUGGCUGCCGAGGUGCGUGCUGCGGUGGCUGAGGUGCGCAAGCAGGCCGACGAACUGAUCCGGCUGCUCAACAAGCAGCACAACGACAUCCAGGUGAUGUCACCGGCCUUCCAGUGGGCGCAGAGCGCCAACCAUAUCUUCCUCAACAUCAAAUUCGCAUACCGGUUCAACUCGCCCGGCGCCCUCUCGGUGGAGAAUGAGAACGUCACGGCGACCGACUGCUGCUUCUACUUUUCGGGCAUCGGCACACACAGCUACCUCAAGAAGAAAUACGAGCUCAACCUGGUGCUGCACGAGCCCAUCGACCCCAGCAGCACCGAGUGGUCCUUCGGGUCGGUGGGCAAGCUGACGGUGACUCUGAAGAAGCAGCGGCCGACCAAGUGGAAGCGGCUGACCAAAUCGACGCAAAAGAUCCCAAAUAUGCACGUGUGGUGGGAGAUGAAAGAAAAAUACGCGGCAGAGGUCAACCGGCUCGACGAUGACGACGACGACAAGAGCACCGCCGCCAACGCAUCAGCGGCAAAGUCUGCUGCUAACGGCAGCAGCAGCGGCAGCAAGACCCCCCCGGCACAGACAAACAACAAGGCAGCAACACCACCAUCCUCACCACCGUCACCCAUCCUGAGCCAGCAAGACAGCGGCAAGGGCGACGAGAGGGCAGCAGAGCCGCCAUCCACACCACCAGAGAGCGAGCGGCAGCCUCAGCGGAGGGAAUAUGACGACGAGGCAGAGGAAGAGGAGGAGGAGCUCGAGGAGCCCAAUGGCAGUGAAGACGAUGAGCCCUCACAGCUGUCACAGGACUCACUGCCGCCAGUGAAUGGCAAGGCGGCCAAGGACGAGCUGUGACGAAGCUGUCACGGGCAAGGGCAAGGUGAAGGAGGG